AUGUCAGGUGUCGGAGGAGGGAAGCGUCCCUCCGGGGGAGACAGUCCUCCUGGCCCACCUGAGAAGAAAAGCAAAAAGGAGGAGAAGACCACGACCACUCUCAUCGAGCCCAUCCGCAUCGCCGGAGUCUCAUCGACGGAGGAAAUGGACAUGAAGGUGAUUCAGUUUAAAAAUAAAAAGCUGAGCGAGCGCUUGGAGCAACGGCAAGCGAUGGAGGAUGAGUUACGAGAGAAAAUCGAGAAACUGGAAAAGAGGCAAGCGACGGAUGACACCACCCUGCUGAUUGUUAACCGUUAUUGGUCAGAGUUGGAAGACAAAGUCCAAAUUCUGCGCAAUCACAUUGAACCGGAGACCACAGCGCCGUCAACCCCAGUUCCCCCACCUGCUCCUCUUACGGAUCCCUCACCCAUGGAUGUAGACGCCGUCAGUCUGUCCUCGCCAACAUCCGGUGCCCCUCCGCCGCCCCUUCCCGAGGCGCAGAAUGAGGCCAAACAGCUCGAGCAUCUGCAGCCAGAUGAAGUGGCCAAAGACGGACAUCAGGAGACUCCGCAACAGCCUCCACCGUCUGAUGGAUCGGAACAGUUAACACCCACAGAAGCUCCGCGGCAACCCACUGCAGAAGCUGCGCCGCCACCCCCACCGGUUCCCUUGACCGAGAGCGCCAAAGGUUUCUUGGUUACACUGGAGCACAGCACGGAAGAGGAGAUGGCGCUGCACCUGCAGGACCGCAUGCUGUUCAGCAAGGAAGCCAUCGCUUGCCUGGUGUGCGCCUUCGACAGGCUGCACAGCUGCAUCGAUGACAUGUGCAAGCAGAUUCAAGCUGCGGCCUGCGAGGACGAAAGCCUUGCAAGCGUCAGCGCCGUCAACCGCACUCUCCUGGACGAGAACCGCCGACUGCGAGACCAGGCCACUUUGCUUCAAGGCCGACACCACAAAACCUGCAUGGAGUACAACGAAUGGGUGGACAAGGUAACCAGCGCGGAAACCAAAGUGUCUGAAAUGGAAACCACCGUGGAGGACUUGCAGUGGGACAUCGAGAAGCUCCGAAAUAGGGAACAAAAGCUCAACAAGCACUUGGCGGAGGCCAUGGAGCAGCUCAAGUCUGGCUACAGCAGCACCGGCAGUUCCGGGGGUCUCGCCGGCGGUCAAAUCACAUUAACCAUUCAAAAAUUUGAGAGUCUUAACACGGAGCUGGAGCACAACCAGGAGUUGGCCAACAGCCGCAUGGCAGAGUUGGAGAAGCUGCAGGUGGAGCUCCAAGAAGCCGUGAGGGAAAGCGAGAAACUCAAGCUCGACCUGCGUAAUAUUCCAGAAGAGGUGGUGAAGGAAACGCUGGAGUACAAAUGUCUUCAGUCGCAAUUCUCACUUCUCUACAACGAAUCUCUGGGGGUGAAAACCCAGCUGGACGAGGCUCGGGCUCUCCUGCUCACGGCCAAGAACGCCCACCUCCGACAAAUCGAGCACAUGGAGAGCGACGAGCUGUCCCUUCAGAAGAAGCUACGCACUGAAGUCAUCCAGCUGGAGGACACAUUGGCCCAAGUGCGCAAAGAAUAUGAGAUGUUGCGCAUCGAAUUUGAGCAAAAUCUCGCCGCUAAUGAGCAAGCAGGACCAAUCAACAGGGAGAUGCGACACUUAAUCAGCAGCCUCCAGAACCACAACCUUCAGCUGAAAGGUGACGUGCAGCGCUUCAAGAGGAAACUGCGAGAAACGCAGAUUGAAAUCAACAAGCUACGCUGCUUGAGCAACGAAACGGGCGUUCUCGUUCUGGAGGAGUCGAGCGGCGAUGCCGCCGACGUGAAGAAGGAAGAAGAAGAGGACCAAGAGGAGGAGGAGGAAAGGAGGAAGGAGCUGGAGAGGCAGCGGGCCCGCGAGAGGGAGCGCGAGGCCGAACGUGAACGAGAGCGGGAACGCGAGCGUGACAGGCAGCGCAGCGACGAGGUCAAAAGAAAAGACUCGGACACGCUCAAGAUGCUGCGAGUCGAACUCAAGAAAGCUCAGGAGUCCCAGAAGGAGAUGAAGCUCCUGCUGGACAUGUACAAAUCUGCUCCAAAAGAGCAGAGGGACAAAGUGCAGCUCAUGGCAGCUGAACGCAAAUCAAAAGCUGAGGUUGAUGAGCUGCGGAUUCGCGUGCGAGAGCUGGAGGAGCGCGAGAAGAAGGAAAGCAAGAAACUGGCCGACGAAGACGCCCUCAGGAAGAUCCGAGUGGCCGAAGAGACCAUCGAGCAUCUUCAGAAGAAGCUUGGCGCCACUAAGCAGGAGGAAGAAGCGCUCCUAAGUGAGAUGGACGUCACAGGCCAGGCUUUCGAGGACAUGCAGGAGCAGAACAGCCGGCUGUUGCAGCAACUGCGCGAGAAGGAUGACGCCAACUUCAAGUUGAUGAGCGAACGGAUCAAAUCCAACCAGAUCUACAAGCUGCUCAAGGAGGAGAAAGAGGAACUGGCUGACCAGGUCCUCACCUUUAAGACGCAGGUGGAUGCUCAGCUUCUGGUGGUGCAGAAGCUAGAGGAAAAAGAAGGCGUUCUUCAGAGCACGCUGGCCGCCCUGGAAAAAGAGCUGUCGCUCAGGACCCAAGCAUUGGAACUUAACAAACGGAAGGCGGUGGAGGCGGCGCAGCUGGCGGAGGACCAGAAGGUGCAGCUGGAGCACACGCAGGCCAAACUCAAAGAGAUCCAAGUAGCCGUCGCCGAGAACCGCACGGCCCGCGAGAGAGAGAGCAGCAACCUUAAGCGGGCGCAGGAGGAUUUAUCCAGGCUGAGGCGAAAGCUGGAGAAACAGAAGAAGGUGGAAGUGUACUCUGACGCCGACGAGAUCUUGCAAGAAGAAAUUAAUCAGUACAAGGCCAAGCUGCGUUGCCCGUGCUGCAACACGCGAGACAAAGACACGGUGCUGACCAAGUGUUUCCACGUCUUCUGCUACGAAUGUCUGAAGAUGCGCUACGACACGCGGCAGCGCAAGUGCCCCAAGUGCAACUGUGCCUUCGGCGCUAACGACUUUCACCGCAUCUACAUAACUUAA